AUGUCUGUCCCAUCUCGGGGCCAAAUGGCACGCCCAAGUCAAUUGGCGUUCCCUGCAUGGUACAUCGCCCGAGCGCAUACAAUCUUAGCGGUUUCAGCAUUCGCCACCGCUUUCCUCAUGGGGUGCGCCCUACAUUAUAAGCGAAUUGUGAAGAAUGGAAUUGCGGGGUGGCCUGACGAAUGGAUCCCAUCGGUCUCCGCAACCAUCGGCGACUGGUAUCCGGAGCGGAACAUUUUCCAAAUCUUGAUUGCAUUGAACUCCGGGCCACGCCUUGCGAUUGUUCUACUGCAAUACUACUUAUAUCGUAGUUCGAGCAGCAGUCUUCCUGGUUUCGUUAUGCUCUGCGGUAUACUGCGAACUCUCUCAUGCGGUGGCUGGGUGUACAUCACAUCGACAGACGACCAUGACGCACACGACAUAUUGAUGAUCAGCUACAUUGUACUCAAUAUUCCGUGGAUGUGGGGUACGAUGGCUCGUCGGGCUAGAGACCCGCUCGCGCGAAGAAUUAGGUUCUGGGGGUCUUUGAUUCCUAUGGGUUAUUUCUUCUACCAGCACAAGGCAAAAAGGAUUCCCGGAGCGUUCAUCUAUUGGUCAAUUCUCACCUCACUGACUCCCUCGCUGUUCUAUUUCUCUGUGUGGGCGCUAGAGAUCGCUGGCCAAGAGCUGUCGCUUCUGUCUACGGUGUCUCCCAUACUCCUCGGAAUCUCACCAUUCUCGGAGUGGUGCCGCACUCGAUCGGGCAGGACAAUCUUACAUGUGCUUUCUCUGACAGGGCUGGCGGCAUAUGUCUUGUCUUCACCUCUGCAACGGUUGUGUGUGGUCGCAUUCGCUGUAGCAGCGGCGAAUAUUGGUAUCGCUGUCGAUUGGACGAGCGGGGAAGCUAGCUAUAACGGAAUCAUGUUCUGUCUCGGUUUCCUGCUGUCUUCCAUUGCGAAGCAUGCCAACCACUCGAACGUUCCAGUAUGGCCAAUCGUCAAUGAGCAAUCGGGUGGUUACAACAAGACGGGGAUCGUGCUCGCUUGUCUAGCCAUCUACAACUAUGCCACUCGUGAACCUAUUCCAGCGGUUAUGCAGACGGAGAGACAGAAGAAACACGACACACACUCUACCGAAGGCACCUGGCUCGGCGGAGCCCUGUCUCUGGGCUCGCUUAUCUUCACCUUGCACUGUCUCCUCGCAGACCCGGCAACUUUGAUCGCAUGGAGCUGGACGGGCUAUCCUGUGCAGGGCCCUGUUCCGCACCUACACGGCUCCCUCACGCACAUUGCUCAGGCUAUCGGUCUUUGCCUUCCUCUUCUUCUUGACUAUUUCGGUCUUGAUGCAUCAGAUGUCUUGCUCCAUCCGCUCUGGCUUGCUUAUGGUGGUGCUUCUGCGUACUACAUGUGCGCCUACAAGAACUGGCGCGGAUAUGCUGGCGGGCUGAACUUCGCUGUCUUCCUCAUGUCUGUGACACCGUUGAUUCUACGCAAGGCAACAGCAACAAGCAAAAUAGCAAGAACACUAUUCGUAGCGUGGUUUGUUGUAUCUGUCUUCGUCGUCGUCAAUGUCUUCACCGUGGCCUACGCGUUCGUUCCGGGAGGAGAGUACUUCCGGGAGCGUAUGCACCUUGUACUCCUUACCCAGAUGAUGGCUUUGGCCCUAACAUUCCGAUGGCCUCGCAGGCGACCUGAGGCGCCCCUGGCUUCCUCUAUGUACAGCUCUCGAUUUGCGUUCCUGAGCGCUGCUGCAGUGCUCUCCAUUCUGUCUCUCUUGGUGACGAUGUAUAGAUGGCCAACGGUUGUCGUCAAGCCCUACCGGCAAGAUGCAAGAAUCGUUCGUGCUGGAAUAUGGACGGUCCACUUUGGCAUAGACAAUGAAGGCAGAGACAGUCAGCGUCGGAUGAGGGAUCUCAUAAAGGAUAUGGAGUUGGACGUAGUGGGGCUGCUCGAGACGGAUUUACAUCGCACUGUGUUUGGAAACAGAGACCUCACGCGGGUGAUGGUGGAGAAAUUGGGUUAUUACGCCGACAUAGGCCCUGGUCCUAAUAGCCACACUUGGGGUGCUAUCCUGCUUUCUAAGUUCCCAAUUCUCAACUCAACGCAUCACCUCCUUCCCUCGCCUCACGGAGAGUUAGCGCCCGCUAUUGAAGCCGUGCUCGACAUGUAUGGAACGGAGGUCACGGUUGUUGUCUCUCACAAUGGACAAGAGGAGACUCCCUUAGACCGUGAACUACAGGCGACAGAGCUCGCUCGUAUUAUGUCAAAUAGCUAUCCAAAUCCUGUCAUCUUCCUGGGAUACGUGGUGACAAAGCCGCUGGCGUCGAGGCCCGCUCCAUACGAGAUCAUGGUAACCGAUGGGCGUGUUCAUGACAUCGAUGAACAAGACUGGGACCGAUGGUGUGAAUAUAUCUUCUAUCGAGGCUUAUACCGAACGUCAUACGCGCGCGUCUCGAGAAGCACGAUCACAGACACGGAAUUGCAGAUUGGGCAGUUUGUCGUACCCAAAAACGGUGCUGGCGUGCAGGACGACUCCGAUAAUGCCCGCUACCUUCGCGCUUGGAAGGAAGAGAUUCCGGAGGUCCAUUGGUUCCCGAAAGAAUACUAUCCUGAAGUCGGGGGCAAGCGAGGACAUAGUUACCACGUCUUUAACACGCCGUUGUAUUACAAGAUUCCUGAAGGAGUCGCACUGUAACACCCAUGAAGAGGUUGCAAUUGCCUAUUUAGGGAUAGCUACUUCGGACGCUGCACCAACUACUGUAAAUCAUCUGUGUAUUCGCUCGUCUGCGCUCUCGUCCGCUUCCUCAUCGCUGCCUUCAGUGGCUUCACCCUCUUCCGUCGAUACUUCCUCUUCGCUAUCCUCUUCCUCCUCGCUCUCCUCGCUCUCCUCAAUGCCAUUUGUAUCCUCAUAAAAUUUGUCAAGAUCUGACCAGUCAUUCUUGG